UAUCGCUCCAACAGCACGUGUAGAGGUAAGGAAUUCAAUUGAGUUAUUGGAGAAGCUAAAGUUGCCAACAAUGACUGCCAAGGAAGUGCCGCAGGGCAAGAAGUCCAAGCCGCACGCUCAAAAAUUUUCUGCCGGCGGUGGUAAAGUAGCCUAUAAAGAUGGUGCAGUCAAGCGUUUCGACGGCACUAAGCAAAAGCAAGGCGGCAACAAUAAAUUCCAUGGAAAACCGUAUCAGGGCAAGAAGGAACAGCAGCAGCAACAAGCUGGCGGCGAAGGCGAAAAAAAGGAUUGGGCCAAAUUCAAGCAGGAAAAGAAGGACCUAAAACUAAAGCGCAAAAGCUCUCGCGACACCUAUGAAAUAACGAAGGAGGCCAAGCAGAUUUAUGAGAAACUUCGAUGUCGUCGCACAGAGAAGAAGGAUCAACUGGUGGCACAAAUAUACAAAUUAUUGAAUGUUGGUGAUACCAUUUCAAAAAUUGCAAAGGCUCACGAUACAGCCCGCGUGCUCCAAUGUAUGUUGAAAUAUGCGGCGCCCCCAUUGCGUGCCGAGCUGUCUGACAAACUGCUGCCCCACGUCAUCGAAAUGUGCCAGUCCAAGUACGCCCAGUUCUGUGUCAAGCGCAUGCUUAAGUAUGGCGCACCCGCCACCAAAAGCAAGCUCGUGGACAGCCUUAUGGGCAACAUAGUCCGGCUGGCGGGACACAAUAUUGCCAGCAGUCUACUGGACAGCUUGUACCUGAAUGUGAGCACGCCCCAACAACGGAAUUUCAUGCGCCAAGAAUUUUAUGGCGAGCUGUACAAGAAGGCCAAGGAUGCGAACGUAAAGACGCUGGAGGACACAUACAAGGAGGCCAGCAACCUAAAGGCCUCCAUUAUGGGUGCUGUGAAGGCCAAUUUGGAUCACGUGGCAAAUAAGAAACUGGUGGACAGUUCGCUGGUUCAUGCCGUCAUGCUCGAAUAUGUGCGCGCCUGUGAUGAGGAGAAGCUAGAGGAGACUGUCACCGCAUUUGCUGCUCUCGUGCCGCAUAUGCUCUCCACCAAGGAUGGCAGCGAGGCGGCCAUUAUAUGCUUCUACAAGUCAACGCCUAAGAAUCGACGGGCCAUCAUCAAGAACAUCAAGGAGCAUCUGCUUAAGAUUGCCACCCACGAACAUGGCCAUGUGUUCCUAAUUGCUGUGCUGAACUCGCUGGAUGAUACGAAGGCGACCAAGAAGGCAAUUUACGAUCAUUUGCAUGCAGAUCUGAAAACCCUGGUGGCCAGUCCUUAUGGGCGUCGUGUUAUUCAAUGGCUUGUGGCGCCCGGCGAUACAUCGUGUUUCCAUCCCGGAUUUAUAAAGACCAUCGAGGAGGGCUUAGCGUAUGGAAAGAAAGAUAAGGAGGCGCGCCGCAAGGAGAUUUUUGAACAGAUCGAGGCGCCCAUUGCCGAUGCAAUUGCGGAGGAUGCUGCCUUCUGGCUCUCAAAUAGUCACAUUGGACUUGUCACAGCGGACAUUCUGAACUAUAUUACGACUGAGAACUAUGAGAGGGCCAUUGGAGCGUUAGUUCAAGUCGUUGCAAAUCCAGAUUGGCGUGUAUCAGCAUUGCCUGCGGAUGGCGGAGAUGCGCAGAAAAAGAAGCAGCCACAAGAUGUUGAGGCUGUUAUUGCCGAGGCCACCAAACAGCGCAAAAAAUUGCUCAACGUGCAAUCGGAGGAAAGUAGUGACGAGGACAACAGUAGUGAUGAGCAAAGCGAGCAGGACGAGGACGAGACCGCAAAGCUUCCCAAAAAGUCCAAAAAAGAGCAGCAACAGAAGAAGGAUGAGAAAAAGGACCAAACAACGGUGCCAAGUGUGGCGGGCAUUGAGGAUGCUGGCAUGCAUCAUGUGCUCAAAAAAAUCAUCAAGAAUGAUAGCAAACGAGAAAAUGGUGCCGCCUCGUUUGGUGCACAGUUGCUCAAGCAAUUGUCCACGGAUGUGUUGAAGCAAUGGCUCAGCGUCAAUCGCGGCUGCUUUGUGCUCGUCAAGCUGGUUGAGGACAGUGCCGAUCUGCUCAAGAGCUAUAAAGCGGUCAUUGAUGUGGCGGAGCUGCGUAAACUAUUGAUCGAUCAGAAAACCCCAGGCGCCAAAUUGUUGGCCAGCAAAUUGGGAUUCGUCAAGAAAUAAAGUUACUCGCAGGAAUUUAGGAUACACUUGUGGAUAAAAAGGUUAACUAGUUUAGUGCGAAUGUAUGCAAUACACAGAAGGAGGCGUGGCAGAUCCCACAAAGUGCAUAUAUUCUUGAACAGGAUUGCAAGAGGAGUCGAUAUAGCGGUGUCCAGCCGUCUGUCUAUGUGAACGCAAGGAUGUCACAAAUUAUAAGAGCUAGAAUAACCAAACUUGUAUCCACGUUCUCCUAGGACCGCGAAAGGGCAAGUUUGAGUUUUUUCUGAUGCUCUCCUUCAUUAUACGUAUAUAUGUAUAUAUAAGAGAUUUCCCAUAA